UUAUCUUAUUAUUUUAAAGCAAACAUAAAACGAUGAAUGAAUUAUGUUGAAGUAUGCAGACUGCUCUUCAAAUCAACUACGAAAUAUUAUGCAGUAAAAGACACAUUUAUAACCAAUGAACAAUCCAAAAAAAGACCAGUUACGAUGUACACUGCCAAGAAAUGGAUCUACGCACGGGCUUUCGAUGGGAAACCAAAACCGGAAGAUUUCCGUCUUGAGGAGGAAACCGUGCCACCACUCAAGGAGGAAGAGUUUCUUGCGCGUGCCGAAUUCCUCAGCGUGGAUCCAUACAUGCGCAUUUACAUUCUCGCCUAUCCCGUCGGAUCGGUCAUGAUCGGAGGCCAAAUCGCGCAGGUGGUGGAGAGCAAGAAUGUUGCGUUCCCCGUUGGGGCACACGUUUUUGGUCAAUUUGGUUGGAGGACUCUUUCGAUCUGCAAUCCGGCUGGGAUUGAUAUACGGAAGCCGUACGUACUGCCAGAGUUCGGAUCGCUGCCGCGAUCCCUAGGGAUUGGGACACUCGGUACGGUCGGUAAUUCGGCUUACUUCGGACUGCUGGAAGUGUGCCGACCACAGGAGGGAGAAACUUUGGCGGUUAGUGGAGCAGCCGGUGCUGUUGGGAGUUUAGUUGGACAGAUUGGUAAAAUUAAGGGUUGCACUGUUAUUGGACUGGCGGGGACGGAUGAAAAGUGCGCCUGGUUGAGGGAAAUCGGCUUUGACUGUGCGAUUAACUACCGUACGGCCGACGUUGAGGAGGAGCUAAAGUUGGCAGCUCCGAACGGCGUGGAUUGCUAUUUUGAUAACGUUGGUGGAAAGUUGACAGCGAUCGUUAGACGGCAGAUGCGAACGUUCGGGCGGAUAGCGGUUUGUGGGACUAUUUCAAUGUACAACGAUGGACCGACGUUGGUCGAAGAUCCGCAGAGGGAUUUCGUGGGAAAGCAGCUGGUACAAGAGGGCUUUAGCGUUCACCGCUGGACCGAUAGAUGGUUCGAGGGAAUCGAACAAAACAAGCGGUGGAUUCAAGAGGGCCGUCUCAAAUACCGCGAAACCAUCACCGAGGGGUUUGAGAAUAUGCCGAAGGCAUUCAUUGAAAUGAUGUGUGGUGGCAACAUUGGAAAGGCCAUCGUUAAAGUAUGAUUUUAGCGAAAUUCUUCAAACACAGUCAACGAAAAAAAAUUACCGUUCGAAUAAAUAUCAGUUUAAAAUAAUCAUAGGUUAAUCUCAUUGCAAAUGUCACUCGGUAUAAGUUAAAAUGUAGAAAAUUACCUUGCAAGUAAAUGGAAUGCCCGUCGAAGUGUCACACAAUCACAACCAGCGGAACGCGAAUCAAAACUCCCCGCGCUGCGGUCCGAAAUCCAUAAGGCUUCUCUUGAUGGCUACAUCGAAACAAUCGCGCCACAAGCCAAUCUGCAGCUCGUCCAGAUUAUCACAGAAGCUGAGAUCAAGCAGACGUAGUCUCUUACAGCGGCACAGCAGCCGGUAGCACAUUUCCGUCGAAAUACCCAUACUGCCCAUCAGAUCCAGCUGCUCCAACUGCUGGCAGUGAGUUGCGACAGCUUCCAAAUCGCGAUCGGUUAAACCCCGAAUUGCUGCCAGGUAAAGUUUCCUCAGACGAGGACAACUUCUAACCAAGGCACGAAGCGAUUCACCAGGUGUGGGCUCCUCCCGGAGACACCAACCAAAGUCCACCUCCUCCAGCUCGGUACAUUUGGCAAGAGCCUCCAAACCGAACGAGGUUAGUGAAUGUGAUUUCCACAUAUCCAGCGAGAUUAGCUUCUGGUUGUGUUUGGAGAUCUGAAGC